UCUCGAGCAGAUCUCUCUCGGGAAUAUCGACAAUGUCGACCACUUUCUGCUCUUCCGUCUCCAUGCAAGCCACUUCUCUGGCAGCAACAACGAGGAUUAGUUUCCAGAAGCCAGCUUUGGUUUCAACGACUAAUCUCUCCUUCAACCUCCGCCGUUCAAUCCCCACUCGUUUCUCAAUCUCCUGCGCGGCCAAACCAGAGACGGUUGAGAAAGUGUCUAAGAUAGUUAAGAAGCAGCUAUCACUCAAAGACGACCAAAAGGUCGUUGCGGAGACCAAGUUUGCUGAUCUUGGAGCAGAUUCUCUCGACACUGUUGAGAUAGUGAUGGGUUUAGAGGAAGAGUUUGAUAUCGAAAUGGCUGAAGAGAAAGCUCAGAAGAUUGCUACUGUGGAGGAAGCUGCUGAACUCAUUGAAGAGCUCGUUCAACUUAAGAAGUAAUUUUAGUAUUAAGAGCAGCCAAGGCUUUGUUGGGUUUGUUGUUUUCAUAAUCUUUCUGUCAUUUUCUUUUUCUUUAAUGUGUCAAGCGACUCUGUUGGUUUAAAGUAGUAUCUGUUUGCC